GAGCACAACGCUCCUGCCGCUGGCUUUUCCACUUCCAUCGCGCAGUCUUCUGGCCGGACCGGACGCGGUCUUGCCCUCAACCUCAACGAAACCGAAAACGCGCUCUUUCCCCACCGAAUUUUCUUCUCGAUUUACGAAAAUUCGUCAAUCCAUCCAUCGAUCCAUCCCUCGCUCGUCGCCUCGUGCUUUCUCAAGAUCGUUCGCUGGCAGAGAAGUAGAGCCGCGCGGUGUAUAAGGUGUGACAAGUAUAUACAGUUGGAGUGCGCCUCGAUGUGAAGACCGUGCUUUCAUGAGGGAUUAACGAAAAACUAUCAACGGAGCCGAGAGACAGUAGCGCCAACAUGCGGGAGAAAAGGUGGCUUCUGCUCGCUCUGUACGGAAUCCUGUUGGCCAAUGCGAUUUCGGCCGAACGUAAGGCUACCAGGCCGAAAUUCAAGAUCGCCACUACGUCGACGACCACCACAACAACCACCACAACCGAAGAGAACCAGAGGAACGAGAACGAAGAUGCGGAGGCGACCACGGCGGUGGCUACCGGGGAGACGAACGCGACCAGCGGCCACGUCCUCACAGGCAUCCCGCAGAUCGACUACAUCUGGGACCCGAAUUUGCCCCGCGAGUUGAACGGCUACAAUCUCAGCGAUUACCCGUUCUACAACAGCAUACCGGAGGACAUCGACUUCAAAUGCGACGGCCUCCAUGAUGGAUUUUACGCGAGCGUGCCGCACAAAUGCCAGGUGUAUCACCACUGCCUUUUCGGCACCCGAUACGACUUCCUCUGCGCCAACUUCACUGCUUUCGACCAAAAGACCUUCAUCUGCCACUUCGUGUCCGAGGUGGAUUGCGCCAAUUCGAGGAAGUACUGGCACAGGAACGACGCCCUCUACAAAGCGACCACGACUUCCACCACGUCCACGACCUCGACGACCACAACCACCACCAGCACGACCGCGUUUCCGCCGGUCACAGCCGCGAUCGGCGGCCGCCAAUCGUCCAGAGACCUUCCCAGGAGGAGGAGACCGUUCAGGAGGCGGCCGCCCGUGUACGAUUACUACGACGAGGAGUACUACGACGACGAUUACACCCGGCCACGAGGUGGGUACGGCAGGGACGAGUACGAUUACGACGAUCGAAAGUACAGGACAAGGGAUCGCGAGUUCGUGAGGGAUCGCGAGUUUCGAGACUCGCCUAGGUCCAGGGAGGGCGGCGUCCCCCCCAGGGACGAGAGGGAUCGAUACCCGGCCAGGAACAACAGGAGGGAGCCUGGGAGGAGAGAUCCUUUGGAGGAGGAUUCGAGGGUAAGGUCGAGGGAUCCCGACCAGGGAUCGAGGUCCUCCGUGUCUAGGGAGGUCGAGGACGCGGAGUUGGACGAGAGACGAAUCGAUUCCAGGCUCAGGGACGAUGAUCGUCGCUAUUCCGAUAAAAGGUAUAGAGACGAUUACGAGGACAAGGAUCCCGUCUCGGCGGGAGGGGGAAGCUCGGACGGGUUGGUGAAACCCGCCGCACCCGCAACCUCGCUCUACGCGAGACCAAGAACGCCGCCCAAGAUUCGUAGACCGGUCCCCCUCUCCGAGCAGGAUAAAUACGCUUACAAAACCACGGCCGUGCAAUCGACUGAGGAACCCCGAAGAAGACCGGUGGACAUCGCGGAGGACGACUAUUACGAGGACGAGUUGGAGGACGUAAGACCUAUUCGAAGGCCGUUGAGAAGAAGGCCGUCGUCGUACAGAGACAGGGACAGGGAUUUCUACGAUACGAUAGAGAGAGACAGAGGCCGACCCUUCAGGUAAGGUAACAUCGCGAUAUCGGGACGACGAGGACGAGUUGCGGCCGA